AUGGUGGCUGCCAGCGAGGCAACAAGGGCCACCAUGAUGAGACAGUGGGUGGAGGCGUCCCUGGGGCUUCUGGAGCACUUGGUGGCCGUGUGUGACGAAGACACCGCGUUCCCCUGGGAGCUUCAGUGGCAGCUCAAAGUCACAGUGGCUUCCCUGGAGGGGACAAAUGAGACAUUCCCUGAUGUCCCUGAGGCCUUGGUGGCCCAUGUUGCCAUGGCAGAGCAGCUCUGGGAGGCCAACUCUUUCCUGGCCAAGGAUCACCUGCUGAAGGCACUUGAUGACAUCUUCAAGUUCUAUAUCAAUGAGCGUUGCCAGAGCAUCCCCAAGGUGUCCCCAGUGAGCGUGGAGCUCCAAAAGGUGUCCCCUCCACAGCUGCAGGUGCUGGUGGCCGUGGUUACCGCCCUGGACGAGGUGGUGGCCAGCGUGACGGGGCCACACUGGGGAAAGUUCCCAGACUCCCUGUAUGAGGAUCUGAAGAACUUCACCCAGAACCUCUGUGCGAUACUGAACAAAGGUGAUGUCACCUCCCUGGGCCACUGUGGUGUCCCCUCCCUGGGCCAGGCCCUGGCCACCCUCUGGGCCACCCCCAAGACCACCCGGGCCAAUAUGAGAGCCGCAGCCAGUGCCUGGCAGGAGUUGGUGGCCAAGCUCAUGGACAAUGGGGACUGGCUGGCCGGGGAGUCCACCAAGCUCUGUGAGCAGGUGGUCACAGCCCAGCAGCUGAUGGUGGCAAUGGACAAGGAGGAGGUAACCUUGGAAAUGGCCACUCACGGUGCCCAGGUGGUGGCAGCCACCAUUGAGGCCAUGGGAGAGGCUGUGGUGGCCACCAGGAGGGGACAUUGUGCAGAGGUGGCCCUGGAGCCGCUGCAGCACUUGGUGGCCGUAUGUCACAGAGCCACCUUGUUCAACUGGAACAUGGAGUGCCAGCUCAGGGACAUCGAGGCCAUCCUGAAGGGGACAAACGAGGUGUCCCCUGAUGUCCUUAAGGCCUUGAUGGCCAAAGUGGCCAAGUUUGAGCAGCUGUGGGAGGCCAGCACCCGCCUUGCCAAGGAUCACCUGCUGGAGGCACUUGGGGUCAUUGACAAAAUCCUCUUGAGUCCCUGUGGUGACCAUGGUGGCCCCAGUAGUGCUGGCAGCUGUACGGUGGCUGAGCAGUGCCAAAAAGCCAUCGAGGAUAUCCCAAGGCUGCUGCAAGAAAGUUUCACAUAGGGGCAGUGACAUCAUCAGGGACAUCGCUGCUGUCACCUCUGCCCUAUCCAUGAUGUAUUUGAGACAGAUUUGGGGAAUUUUCUGUGAAUUUUCAAUGAUACUGUCUCAAAUCCUGAUGGGAAU